CUUGUUUUGGUGAUCCAUUAUCCAUUGCAUAUUUGUUGCUUCCUCAAUCAAUUCCCCAACCAUGUCGCUGAAUGCAACACUGAAAGAGCUAGUAGACAACUCCAAAAAGAUCACAUCAAUCGAACUCUCCACCGGAUCCCCUGAAAUCACCGAUUACCUGCUUCAAAAAAACGGCGCGAAACGUCGCUUGAUAAGAGACGCCGAAUCUCAAGAAUGCAAACUAUUUGCCAUUAGCUCUACCGAGUCAAUAUCAGCUAGAAUCCAAGCGGACCUUGGUCAACAUUCGCAAUCACGAACGACGACGCGACGAACCAACAUUGAUCGCAUAUUAUCAGCAGCCAAUAUAUUGAAUCAGCUGUGCAAUCUUGAGGAUGCUAAAACCCGAAUCGAAAAGCUUGCGCAAACCCAUGAAGAGCGACAACUCAAUGUAGAUUAUCUAGAGUCCGCAUUGAAGAAAAGCGAAAGCGAUAUGGAAGCGCUGUUAAACGAUGCAAGGAAUGCACCAAGCUCAGGAGAUAGCAAUGUAUCUGGUAGCGUGGAUGAAGAACUAAGGAGGACCCAGGUAGCAGUAGAAAUGCUUGAGAACAGAUUGCAAGUUCUCAAAGACAAGGGGAACGAAUUACAGGAGCAAAUUGAUGAACAGCAUCGCCUUCAAACUGCCAUGCAACAAAUGACACAGAGACAUACCAACAACGAUUUACCGUCCAUGGAAACCAUGUUUGAAACGGAAAUGAAAACUCUGGAAGAGAAGGUUGCAAGCAAGCGAAAGGAACUGAGCGAUUAUGGUAUACAAAAUGAAUCCUUUUUAAGUCUCUCUACCAACGUUGCUGAUCCUAUAUACUAGUAUCAAAGUUGAACGGCUUAGCUGAAAAAGCGCGUAUCAAGGAUAUCCAACGCGUGCGACAUAGCAAAGUAAACGCCAGAGAAAGCAUUCCGGCAGGCGAAAGUGAUCAGGUAAUUUAUCCACUAUUGUAAGUUUAUGGGGGCUUGCUGACAUUCUUUUAUGUAGGCCUCCAUCGAAGCAUCAAAG